CAACAAUUAUUUCAUUUGUAGUGACCUGAUACAUAGGUACUUAAAAUAAGUAAAUUAUUAUGAAAUGCUGAGAGUUAAUCACUCAGUAGUAGAUCUUAUAAAGUUAUUAUAUGAUGAUUUCAAUGGAAGGCCACUCCAUUUGUGUACACAAUUUGGUCUCUAUUUCGAACUUGUUUAUUCUGAAGAUAAUUUGCUCCAAUUUGCAAAUUUAGUCUAUAAUGAAUUAUGUUUGUUAAAUGGGCUUGAAUUUGAAAAUUUAAGUUCUUUGGAGGAUUUAAAACAGUUUUCAUAUUCCAAAGGGUUAUUACCUGAAUCGAAACUGGAAAAUGAAGUUUUUUUAGAAGAGUCACUUGUUCUUCUGUGUUCCGCAAGAUUAAGAGUAAAAAAAAGGCUUUUCAAAAGUUUAAAUUUAUAUCAAAACCAACAGAAUGUUAUUGAUGAUUCUCUAUCAUCUAAAUUAAGGGAUUUAAAGAUUUCUAAUACCAAUUACACACCUGAACCAGAAAAAAGUGGUAAAAGACAGUUAAAGAAUGUGUUGGAUGAAUCCCAACUUGAAGAAUUAAGUAAAAUAUCUGAUGAAUUAUCUAAAGAUUAUUUUUUAAGAUGGAACUCAUAUUUGGACAGAUUCUACAAUUUACUUGACGUAUUCUUUAAAGUUAAAGGCUUCAAAGAUUCAAGAGAUUUUCAAGUGUUAAUGGAAACUUUAAAGGAAUGGAGAAAAACAACUGAAUUCCGACAACUAAACCUAUAUGAUAUCUGCACAUAUCACAAGGAUGAAACAAAUGUAGUUAAAAUAUCAAAUAAAACAGAUCAAUCAAAUAGAAUGUCAGAGUUAUAUGAUAAAAUCAAAUCAAAAAUUUAAAUUAUAUUUUUAAUAAAUUCCUAAUUCAUAUUUUACACUGA